GGUGGGUUGAUGGGUUCGGGUGGAUUAACAUCUUUGUAUUCGGGUUCCGGCGCCCCGCUGUUAAACUCUACAGAAAGAGGGAGAGAGAAGAAAUCAAGAUGGCACCGGCAAAGAAGGGUAAAGCAAAGGCGACGCACGAGUCAACUCGGUCAUCAUCAAACACAGACAGCACCAACCACAAAUUCCCUUCGUGCAUUCGAUCGGUUGCUCCUUCCUCUGUCGCCAUCACCAUCCACGCGAAGCCUGGCUCCAAAUCCUCCUCCAUCACCGAUUUGAGCGAUGAGGCUGUGGGGGUUCAAAUCGACGCGCCAGCCAAGGACGGCGAAGCUAAUGUGGCCCUUCUUGAAUAUAUGAGCUCCGUUUUAGGGGUGAAAAGAAGGCAGUUAAGUAUAGGUUCUGGUGCUAAAUCGAGAGACAAAGUUCUGAUUGUAGAGGAGGUUGUGCUAGAGAGCGUGUUUGAUGCUUUGGACAAAGCAACAAAACGCUAAUGAGGGAGAAGCAAGAUGUUUCUAUGCCUGGAUGAUCCUUAUGGUUCUGUUGCUUUCUUGAUCCCCUUUUAAUCUUACAGUUUUACAUCUAUGGCGGCGAUGGUUGAAAUGCUGAUCUCUGCUGAUGUUUAAGAGGUGUUAGAGAAUUUACUUGGUCAUAUCUUUUCCUUUAACGGAAUGUACUAGUCAUUUCUCAUCUAUAAUACGGGUUUUUGGUUAAUUACAGUUGUAAAUAGAUUCAUCCAAGUUGGAUCAGAUAAAUAAAAAUAUGUUAGUGUAGUACAGCUUUAUUGCAA